AUGGAACCGACUUUGGAUAAUGACAAAUUUUUCAGACCUUCCUAUGUUACUAGUGUUGAGCUGCCUCAAAGAACAGGACCAGUAAAUGUGGAAGAUAUCAAGGCAGAUCUCUCUGCUGAAUUUUCUUUGGUUUCUUCAAGCUCACACACAAGCCAGAGGAGCAGUUUGGAGUCUAAGGGACACAUACAAGUCUGCCUGCGUAUUAGGCCAUUUACAUCGUUGGAAAGAGAAAAUGAAUCACAGGACUGUAUUUCACUUGAAGACUCAACAAGCAUCAUACUGAAGCCACCCAAAAACUCUUUGAGUAGACUAAGUGAAAAAACUGCUGGACAAAUGAUACAGAAGUUCACUUUUUCACAAGUGUUUGGACCUGAAACAACUCAAGAAGAAUUCUUUGAAGGUACCAUGAAGCAACCAGUGCAAGAUUUCUUAGAUGGAUAUAAUCGUCUUAUUUUUACAUAUGGUGUUACAAAUGCUGGGAAAACCUACACAUUCCAAGGGACAGAAGAUGAUGUUGGUAUUCUGCCAAGGACUAUGGAUAUGUUGUUUAAAAGUAUUGAAGGAAAGCUAUACACAGCAAUGGAUCUCAAACCCCAUCGGUGCAGAGAUUAUAUAAAGCUGACUAAAGACCAAGUGAGAGAAGAAACUGCUAUUAAAAAUUCAAUACUUCGCCUAACAAAAGAGGUAGAGGAGCACUUCUUUCUAUACUGAUGAGUAUGCACAUCUUUAGAUAGCUCAAUGCCUGUAUUGACUUGUAAUAUUUUGUACUUGACAGAUUCGGAAGAACUCUUAAAAGACUUGGAACAAUCUGGCACAACUGUGAAAAAUUACAUGAAGUUUUCUGUUUGGGUUUCAUUUUUUGAGAUUUACAAUGAAUGUUUUUAUGAUCUACUGAUUCCUAUAUCAAAUGACAAGAAAAGAAAAACACUGCGCCUUGCUCAAGACAUCAAGGGAUGUUCUUAUGUAAAAGAUCUGCAGUGGAUUCAGAUUUCUGAUUCUAAAGAAGCUUUUAGACUUCUAAAACUGGGGUUGAAACACCAGAGUAUUGCAAGUACGAAGCUAAAUACUUGCUCCAGCAGAAGUCACAGCAUAUUCACAGUUAAGAUACUAAAAAUUGAAGAUUCAGGAGCACCGCGAGUGACUCGAGUCAAUGAAUUGUCAAUGUGUGAUCUUGCUGGUUCAGAAAGAUAUACCAAGACCCGCAAUGAAGGUGAUAGAUUGAAAGAGAGUGGGAAUAUAAACACCUCUCUCCUGAUUCUAGGCAAGUGUAUUAACGCACUCAAGAACUGUCAGCAGUCAAAGUUGCAGCAGCACAUACCCUUUCGGGAAAGUAAGUUAACUCAUUUCUUUCAAGGAUUCUUCAGUGGAAAGGGGAAGGUAUACAUGAUAGUAAACAUCAGCCAAUGUGCUUCAGCAUACGAUGAAACACUCAAUGUGCUAAAGUUCUCGGCUAUUGCACAAAAAGUUUUAGUUAUGGAUGCAUCUGUUCUGGCCCAAGAUCAAUCAUUUGGCGAGAAAUCAGCAAGAGAACCAUCACUACUUGGUGACACUAAAAUGCCAAUCCCAAGGAAAAGAGCUACUAUACUAUGGGACAGGAGCUUAGAAGAUGUGAUUGAAGAUGAUGAUGAUGAUGAGAUGGAGGAACAGCAUAAUACAUCAAGAGAAGAAACAGCACUGAAACACGAAGAAUAUAAAGUUCUUAUCAAAAAGGAAGAAUAUAUGACGCUGCUGAAUCUUAUAGAAGAGUUGAAGAACAAACUUAUUACUGAAAAGAAGAAUAAGUUACUGCUGGAACUGAAAAUUCGUGAAGAAGUGACACAAGAAUUUACCCAAUAUUUUGCUGAGCGGGAAAUAGAUUUCAAGGAGUGCCUUUCUCACGAGCGAGAACGACUUGAAGAAGAUUCUGAAAGACGCCUGGAAAUCUUCAAGGAACUUGUAAAUGGUUAUACUAAAAACACAGAUGAAGAAAAUAAAUUAAAGGAUGAGCCUUGCAGUGAACAAGCUGGACCUCUGGAUAAAGAAUAUAGCACGGGACCAGGCACCUACAUUGAUCUUGAGGGCAUUAUUGAUUCUCUGCAGAAUGAUGUCAUUGAUAUCAAAAAGCAGGCAGAAGAAGCACACAGAUACAUUGUGUCCCUAGAGGACCCACAGGAAGCUAUAAGUUGGCUUGAAAAACAGCUGGGAAACAUUACCACUGAACUAACUAAAACCAAAGAAGAGCUGACAAAGAAAACCAAUGAACUACUUAAAACUGAAGAAGAGCUGACACAGAAAACCAAAGACUUUGAAAUGCAGAUGAUUAAAUUGGAUGAGUCUGCUGAGCAGCUUAAAGAAGCAACUGAGAAAAUGAAUACACAGAAUAAAAGAAUUCAAGAACUAAUGGACAUUGUGGAGCAAAAAGAUGAUGUUAUUAUAAGACUACAAGAUUUGAUAUCUCAUUUAGAAGAAACUGUAAAAGACUAUGACAACACUGUAACUACCAUUAAAAGAAAAUUAGCAGAAAAGAACUCUAAUGAAGUGAUUGAAAGCAGACAAUUCAAGGAUUGUGAGGAAACUGUAUUGGAAGUGGGAAGAAAGCGUUGCUUUGAAAAUAAGCCUACUGUGGAAGAAGAGCCACCUACAAAGAAAGGUACAAUUUCUACCAUCACUCAACAGGGGGUCUUCCAAAAAAACUUGAUUACUAUUCGAGAACAGAAGCAAAAAGUUGUGAAGCGAGAUAGGAAGGAAAGUUGGGAAGAUAACACUCUAGAGCGAGAGAGAACUGAAUACAUGAAAACAAAUACUUCUGAGAACCAUGCAGAAAUACUAGCGCUGAAGGAAAGAACUGAAGCCUUGGAAGGUCAGCUAGCUGCACUUGAAGAACAAUGCAGAAGAGAAAAAAACGAAAAAGAGGAGUUCAGUGGGCAGAUAACAAACUUACAUCUCAAGCUCUCUGCUUCUGAAGAAAGGGCUUCUGGCUUAAGUGAAGAACUUCAGCAGUGUCGAGCUGACUAUCGGGAGAUUGUUUCUGAAUUGGACAAACAGAAAACAAUAAAUAGGGAACAAAAAGAAAAGAUUAUUCAGCUAAAUAACGAAGUAGAAGGUGCUAAACAAAACAUAAUUGAUAAAGUGUUACAAAUUAAAACAGUGCAGUCCAAAGUAGAUGAGUUGUAUAAAUGUCACUUAGAGUCUUAUGCUAUGGAUAUUGAUUUAAUUAAUCUAAAGGAUUCCUUAGACUCUCAAAAAAAUGAACCAGAGAGUGCUCAAAUGAGUCCUGUAUGCAUGCAGUCCCAAACUGCUUCUACAGCAGAUCUGAGAUGGGAGAGCUCCUUUCACUGCAGUGUUGAAAGCAUUUGGGAAGAAUGCAAAAAUAUUGUUAAGGCUUCUUCACAAAAAAGUCAGCAGAUUCAAGAACUACUUCAACAAGUUGAAGACUUAAAGAAAAGACUUGAUGACACUGAGAAUUAUAAUAAUCAACUACAAAUAAAAUUAAAUGAGACUGCAAAUCAAGAUUGUCAGUCCAUAAAGGAAACAGAUCUACUUAUGAAUCAGUUACAAGAGCAAAUCCAGAAGACCCAGGAUUUUGAAAAACAGGCUGUAGAAAAUCACAGAGUAAUUGCACAGUUUGAGGAGGAAACUGCCAGCUACAAGGGAAAAAUAAGAGAGCUUGAAUGCCUCUUGGAGGCUUUUAGAGCUAAAGAUAACAGCAUAACAAAGUUAGAAGAAGUAGUUAAAGAAAAAGAAUCUCUUAUUUCAAAUCUAGAAAGUAAUAUAGUAGCUCUGCAAGAGAAAUGUGCCAAUUCAGACAAAAAAAUGAAAGAAUUAAAUGAUCAAGAAGCAAAUCUGAAGGAGGAAGUUGUGCAGUUGAUGAACAGCUUGGAGAACAUGAAACACUCUCUUCAGGAAAAGGAGAAAAAUGAGAAUGAGCAAAUACAAACUAUAGAAUUGCUACGUAAAGAUCUUUCUGAGAGCUCUACCCUUGUACAGAGUUUGAAAAUAGAUUUACAGAGGAAAGAGGAAGAAUAUACAGAUUUGAAAGAGAAAUUUUCUGAUGCCAAGAAACAAAUUCAGCAAGUACAAAAAGAGGUGUGUACAAUGCGAUCUGACGAGAAAUCCCUGAGGAAUAAAGUUAAUGAACUUCAGAAAACUAAAAACCAGUUCAGUGAAGAAUUAGAGAUCAAACAGCGCACAAUCCUGCAACUUAAAAAGCAGUUGAAUAAUGAGAAGCUGGAAGAAAUCUCUAAGCAGUAUGAGAAAGCAUGUAAAGAUCUGUGUGCAAAGGAAAAAAUAAUUGAAGAUAUGCGGAUGACAUUAGAAGAACAAGAACAGACUCAGAUUGAACAAGAUCAAGUGCUUGAAGCCAAAUUAGAAGAGACCAACAGAUUAGUUUUGGAACUGGAAGCAUGGAAGCAGAAAUAUAGAGAGCUGAAUAACCAGAGUGGUAGUGACUGGCAGCAAAAGAUGAGCAAAAAUGAAGAGAAAAACAUAAAUGAAGACUUAAUAAAGCUACAAAAAGAACUGAAGGAAAAUGAGGCCAAGUAUCAAACUGAUAGAAAGAAGUGGCUGGAGGAAAAAAUGGGACUUGUAAAUCAAGUAAAAGAAGCUGAGAACCAGCGCAACAGAGAAAUGAGAAAAUUUGCAGAGGAUAGAGAACGUCGUGUAAAGCAGCAAGCAGAAAUAGAAAAACUUGCUGCACAGCUGGUAGAAAAGGACAAUGAUCUUCAAAAGUGGCGUGAAGAAAGAGAUAAAUUAGUCGAAGCUUUGGAAGUACAGCUCAAGGCUUUAGCUUCUAACACCGCACAAAAAGAUAAAGAAAUAGCAGAAUUAAAACAGGCUGCACUAAAGGAUUCAGAAAAGGAAACUGAUAUAGAAGAACUAAGAAAACAGUUGGCUGAGAAAGACGACUUUAUAAAGGAAAUGAAACAACACAUCAACUAUGAAAAAAGUCUUCAGUCUUUGGCAGAAAUACCUUUACCUGAAGAAGGACAAGAUAAAAUAGUGCAGUCUGUAAACAAAGAGGACCAUUCAGAAAUUGUCCUUGACUCUUCUGAAGUGUCCACAGAAAAUGGAAAAGCUAGUCGGUUUCCAAAGCCAGAGAUGGAAAUCCAGUUCACACCUCUGCAACCCAAUAAAGUAGAGGUGAAGCACCAGGGCAGCACCUUACCAGUUACACUUAAAAUGCUUAAGCCAAGAAAGAAAAGGAAGAGUGAAGAGAUGGAUGAGGAUUUUGUGAAAAAUGAGAACAAGAAAAAUGCAAAACUUGCUGUGACUAAUUCACCGUCUACAAGCAACAAGAAAAUGGUUUGGGUGUCUACUAUGCAGUCGUUUAGGAAAGAAUACUCCUUAAGAAAGCAAGAAUCUACUUCAAGUAAAAAGUCAACUAAAAAGAAAGAUGGAACACUACAAAAAAUUGGAGAUUUUUUCCAAAGUUCUCCUACUAUUAUUCACUCUAAAGCAAAGAAGCUGAUUGCAACAAUAAGCUCUCCCAAAUCUGCAGAACCAGAAAGUAUCAAAGAAAAUGAGCUCAAGCCAAAACGAGCUACGAGAAAGCUGUAUUCAACUGACAUUUCUUCCCCUCUAGAUAUCCCUGCUUCUUCAAUCUUUAUAGAACAAAGAGAGAAGGAAAGUGAUCACCUAAUCAUCAAGCGACGGCUACGAUCAAAAACUGCUAAAUAA